AUGACAACCAUCGCCAUUGGAAUGCUCGAGAAUACUCUGGGUAUGUGUGAGGAAGAAGUGAGGAGAACUGACAGGGAGCAAACCGAGGAUAGGAUUGUGGGGUUUGUCCCGUUGCGUUUAAACCAGCCACCCCUCGUGGAUGAUCAGGCUGCCAUGCAUAAGCAAAUAAAAGGAAGUUUUGAGUUGGAUUGUCCAAAUUGCCAUAAGCAACUCGGCUUGGAGAGCCGAAUAAGCGGGAGCCAUAUAGAAUGUGCUGCAAGGCCCCCGAUUCAGGAGCGAAGAGGUAUUGGAAGAGCCAUAGACAUUCCACCGCCGCGCCGACGAAGUUGA